ACAAGACACAGAGAGCCAAAGGGAGGAGAAAAACAACAAGAGGGUGAAUGAGAGCAAGGGCACCAGAAAGAGAAGAAGUAAAAGAAAGACUGCACAGGAAGGCUUUUAUAUCAUAGUGGAAAUAGCAAUGGCAAACACAGCAGGAGGAGUGCUUUUGGCUUUGCUGUUGUUCCUGAGUGCCAGUGUACCAUGUCUGUCUGUGUAUAAUAGUGGCGAGUGCUUCUUCAAUACUAAAGGGAGCUGUGAACACAUGGGACAGGUCUAUGGCAUAGGAGAGAGCUGGAUAACCAGUGACUGUUACCAGUGUGUCUGCAUGGAGCCUUUUGGAGUGGGAUGCUGUGACCAUGGCUCUAAACCUGUGGACUAUCCAGACUGGUGUGAGAUCGUCCGUAAACCUGACUCUUGCACAAGUGUUGCAGUGAUGAGAGUCAAUCAUAAACUACCAUGUCUCUGGGGACGAGGCCGCCUCAGACCAGCUGCAGGACAGCCAUGGAAAUCUGACAAUGAUCCUAUAUUUUGAGUUCAGAAAUCAACAAAAAAGCAAUAUAACAGUAUGUGACGUUUAUUUUUAUGUAUAUUUCAAUA